AUGCUCGCGCUCCACGCGUCGGAGGUCGCGUCCUUCCGGGACUUCGCCGCCGGCGACGACGGCGCCCAGUCGUCGCUUGUUCGGUCCGCGGCGCUGCUGCCGCGCGUCGCGAACGGCGACUUCCGCAAGCCCGCCUCCGACGAGGUGGAGAUCGAGGUGCUCAAGGCGGGCAACGGCGCGUUCCCCGCCGCCGGCGACGCCGUCAAGGUGCACCACGUCGGCCGCGUCGCCGGCAGCGGCGUCGUCUUCGACGCGUCGCGGUCCAAGGGCGCGGGCAAGCCCUUCGAGUUCAAGCUCGGCGCGCGCGCGGUCGUGCCCGCCUUCGAGAUGGCGACGCUCCAGACGAGCCUCGGGGGCACGUCGCGCGUCCGCGCGCCCGCGCGCUACGCGUACGGCGACGCCGAGGUGCCCAAGCUCAUCCCGCCGAACACGGAUCUCAUCUUCGACGUCACCUUGGUCGCCAUC